UGGCGAUUCGCAGUCACAACUCAGCCGUCGUUGAUAGUAGACCGAAAUUUGAGCCCCGACUGCUAAUCGGUUAACCGUUAUUCACUUGUUUCACCUCGUUACAAAAAAAGAAUCUGAUAACAUUGACCGAUUACAAAAAGAUCUCUUCAAACUUCCUCAAAAAUUAAAAUCAAUGAGUUCAGAUUGGCGCCUUUAGAGUUUUCGUGAGUGUCAAACCCUCUCAACUCCCGUUGUGAGAUAAAGUGAACGUAAACGUUUCAAUUGUCCUCCCCCCCCCUGGUUUUUUUUUAAAGGAAUUCAUUUAAAUAGGCCAUUAACGUGAACGUUUGAAUCCCGACAUGGGACCGAUUGAUCCGGAAGGUGGCGAUAUGAAAGCAAUCGUGGCAGGUUCGCCAUCGUCAGGUUCGUCUUCCCUGAAUAUGACGUCACCGGUGGUUAUUGUGCCGGCAAUCGAUGAGAGACCAACGGUGACAACCAUUACCGUUACUGGUGUGGAUGGAACACUUCAAAACAAUGGAGAGGCUUCGUCUACUACCCCAGCAGUUCAGACUCCCGUCGUUGCCUGCGCUCAGCCGUGUGGCUACUCGUCGGCGUACGUCACCAACAGGAUGCACAACACUCAGUUAGGAGCAGACCCUGGCGGCCCUGGCAUCUGUGCAUUCAUCUUGACACUCUUCUCGUUCCUGCUCAUUUUGGCCACGUUCCCGCUCUCGCUAUGCUUCUCCGUCAAGGUGGUGCAAGAGUACGAACGAGCUGUUAUAUUCCGCUUGGGUCGUUUGCUCAAAGGAGGUGCCCGCGGUCCCGGUAUCUUCUUCAUCGUCCCGUGCAUCGAUACUUACCGCAAAGUUGAUCUUCGUACCGUGUCGUUCGAUGUCCCACCGCAAGAGGUCUUGUCGCGUGACUCGGUCACGGUGAGCGUAGACGCCGUAGUCUACUACCGCGUCAAAAACCCCAUCAUGGCCACCAACAACGUCGAGGACUACAGUCACUCGACCCGUUUGCUGGCCGCCACGACUUUACGUAACGUGUUGGGUACCAAAAAUUUGGCCGAAAUUCUGUCUGAACGUGAGACCAUCUCUCAUACGAUGCAGAGCUCAUUGGACGAGGCCACCGACCCUUGGGGUGUUAAAGUCGAACGUGUUGAAAUUAAGGACGUUCGUUUGCCCGUGCAACUUCAACGUGCAAUGGCUGCCGAAGCCGAGGCUGCACGUGAAGCUCGUGCUAAAGUCAUCGCUGCUGAGGGAGAACAAAAAGCUUCUCGUGCUCUUCGAGAUGCGGCUGAAGUCAUUGCUGAAUCUCCAGCCGCUCUUCAGCUACGCUAUCUUCAAACGCUCAACACCAUUUCAGCCGAGAAGAAUUCAACCAUCAUUUUCCCGUUGCCGAUCGAUAUAUUGAAACAUUUCAUCAAACCUAGUAAGGUAGAUAAAUAUGAUUUGUGAGGAAAGCAGCCAUGUCACGUGAUGGAUAGAUUGGCAAUCGACAUAACUUUUCGGUUGCAGUACGACGACCGCACACUGCCCACACACAAAAAAUCAUGUAAAACAUAAAUAUGGAACAAUAAUGUUAUCGUUAUUUCAAAAUGCCAUCAACUUUCAAAAGAGUUACAUUGAAAACGACACUGGCACGCUAUAGAAGAAUCUCAGUCAUUCAGCCAACAAUUGAACCAGACGACGAAAGGAUCUUUUAUGAUCCAAAAUGGCGGCUCACCUGAAUUCACCGCUGUCAUUUCCUAAAUUUUAGAACGCUAUUAAAAAAAAAAAAAAAAAAAUCUAUCCCUCCACAUGAACGAUUUGUUAAAAAAAUUACUUAUGAUUUUUUUUCUUUAGCUGAUGAAUGACAUUUUCUUUUAACUCGUUUGUUUUGAACAAGAAUACGAAGCUGGCGUUAUUGCCAUGUCAUCAUCACACGUUAUGUACAAUUGAAUUUCGUCCUACAGUAAUUCUAUGUGUGUUCGGCCGUGACACUAAUUUUAUCUCUUCAUGACAUUAUCAAACAAAAAGAUAAGCACGAAUUGGGUAGGAUUACAUUAACAUCAAUCCAAAGUCAAUAAUAUUUGACAAGAAAUCUGUCCAUUCAGUCCAAAUCUCCUUUCAUCUUUUUCUUGUUUCGCUUUUUGUGCUCGGAUGAUUGCUUUAUCGGGUGCAGGGAUUUUCAUUAUGUGUGUGUAAAAAAAGAAAACCUUCUCUGAUUCCCAAUCACGAGCGAUAUUUUGUCCCUUAUCUUUUUAUCAUCUAAUGGUCGAAUGUGCACACAAUGCUAGUCCCUCUAUGUCUGUUCCCUUUCAUUUCUCAUACGGUCAAAGAGAAAAAGGAAAUCCUGAAUUUUGUCUUUUCUUUUCUAAACAUUUGUCUCAAUCGUAUUUAUUAUUAUUACAUCAUCAUUGUUAUCUACUUAUAUAUCUCUGGUAAAUACACAAGAUUGCAACAAUCA